CCCAGAUAAACGAAUUUCUUCCUGGUAAUUUAGAAAAUAACUUCCUAGUGCAUUACUAUAGAUAGCUUGUGACUGGUUACCAAAACCGUAGUUUUUCAAAACUUGUUUAUGUGACGCUUCUCAGAACAGAAAAUGAAUACUGGGCAUAUACUUCUGUGCUGCAUUCUUCUUCAGGCACUGGCCUACACGCGAAGCAUGGAUGGAAAUCAAGAUCUGGGUUCCUUAGGUUCUCCUGACUCUGACCUGGAUAAACCACUGCAAGCUACAAUGGAACAGCGUUUCAAGAAUAUGGAGAUGACAGUGCGCAGGUUUGAGGCAGCUUUCGAUGGAUUGACAAAGGUCAUCAGUAUGAAGAAAGUCGACAUCCAAAGUCGUGUUCGAGUGCUUGAGAAGAAGGUCGCUCAAUUAUCGAAAACACCAUGGAUGAUGAAGAGGUUCACAUACGAGUUUCCAACGUUGACGAAAUCUCCACUGUCCGCAGCUAAUUCUAACAGCUACCGAAUACCAGCUGCUUUGUUGCCAAAGAAUGCAAAAGCUGUUAUCGUUGCUAUCAAGUGUUCCAGUUGGAAAGAAAGGGGGUUGUCUCCAACGAUGUCCAUAACCUUGCAACAGAAAGGUAACACAGAUGCAGGCAAAACAACACUGGAUGCACCCAUGAAUGACUUCUACUACGAAGUAUUGAUGCCUUGGGAUGGCUCCUAUGGUAACACAAUUGAUAUCAUGGUCAACGGUAACUCCCCGAAUAUCUACUCGAUUCGAUUGGUGGGUUACAUCGCAUAAGGAACUUAUUUGACGAACAACUUCAAUUUUUCUUGUCCUAAUAUUUGAUAGAAGAAGGGCCUAAAUUUUGGGGAUAUUUUGUUAAAAAGAUGUGUACGAGAAAUUGGAAAUCUGGCUUUCCAUUUACUUGGCAUUAUCUUCAUACUUGCUUUUUUGCGUGAUUAAAAUUCAAAUGUCUAUUCAAGU